AUGUACAUUAUUGAGGCAACCUAUGUGGAUUAUCCAGCAUGUAUAGAGGAUGAUAAACAGUCGAGUUGUAGAAAUAUUCUAAUGAGCCAUUCCAAUCAGAGAAUUGGUCCUCGUAAAAUUGGUUUCAAAACACCAGAUAUUGUAAAUGAUCUAGUUGGUGAACUAAAGAGUAGAAACUUGAAAUUUGUUGAUGAGGAUUUCCCUCCAAGAAGUGAUUGUGUUAGAGCACAAGACCUAUUCAAGAAACCGGCAGUAUUUAAGAAUAUUUCUGUUAAGGAUGCAAUUCAAGGAAGUUUGGGUGAUUGCUUUUUAAUUUCAAGUAUAAGUGGAGCAGCAUUGAGACCAAAUCUAUUAAGGAGAGUAUUCAUUCAUUGUCUCUAUGCACUCACAUUCAAUUUAGAGCCAAACAAUGAGAAGAUGACUCUCCUCAUAGAUGAUUAUUUUCCUGCUGAAAAUGGUCGUUUAAAGUUUGCCCAUUCAGAUGAUGUUGGCGAAUUGUGGAUAUCUCUAAUUGAAAAGGCAAUAGCCAAACUAGUUGGAGAUUAUGAAAAGGUAAAUCCACUGAUGAAUGCUCACUUGAUCUACCCUUCGAAUAUUCUUUCUUUACUAUUUGGUGGUAGAGCCAAACAAUUAGAAUGGUUCACAGGAAGAGAUUCAGAGGCAAAAGAAAAGAUGAAGAAUGGUACUUUUUGGCCCUUAAUUGAAAAGUUAUUAGACAGUGCUACAAGUGUUCCAGUUUGUGCAACAAUGCCAGGUGAAGAAGGAUCUGAUUUGGUCAACUCGAAAGGUCUUGUUAAUUAUCAUGGUUAUUCACUUCUUGGAUAUAGAAAAUUCCCAGAACAUGAUUUAAAAUUAGUAAAUUUGAGAAAUACAUGGGGAAGAACUGAAUAUAAUGGACCAUGGUCCGAUAAUAGCUCAGAAUGGGACAAGUAUCCAGAUGUGAAAAAAUCACUCAAACAUGAAAACACAGAUGAUGGUUGUUUCUGGAUGACUUAUGAAGCAUUUGAGAAUUGUUUUGGUGUAAUUUGGUGGAAUGAUAGAUAA